AAAUUAUUACAGUUUCUGAAUUCAUUCUGUGUGAACAUGCUUCCCAUUCCUCUCAUUCCAUCAUCAUCAUAAUAAUAAUAACUAUAUAUAUAUAUAUAAGUUAUAACUUGUUUAAGAGAAAGAAAGAUAGAAAGGAAGAGAGAAAGAGAUCAAAGGAUGAUGUUGUUCUCUUAUUGGAGAAAACUAGUUGUUGUGAUAGUUGUUUUUUCCACUGUGAUUUUAGUUAGUGAUAGUACUGCUGGUGGUGAUCAUCAUCAUCAUCAUCAUCAUCAAGAGAAUGGUAAUGGCACUAUGCCAUCUUCUUUCAUUGGGGUGAUAAUUUUUGGGGACUCAAUUAUGGACACAGGCAACAACAACUUUCUUCCCACAAUAUCUAAGUGUAAUUUUCCACCCUACGGCAAGGAUUUCCCCGGCCACCGUGCCACCGGAAGGUACAGCAACGGCAAAGUCCCCUCCGAUCUCAUCGCAUCAAGGUUGGGGAUCAAAGAGUUUGUGCCAGCAUAUCUGAGCCCAGAACUUGAAAGUAAAGAUCUCAUAACUGGUGUUUGCUUUGCAUCUGGUGCUUCUGGUUAUGAUCCUCUAACUUCUCAAUUAAAUUCUGUUCUAUCAAUGGAUCACCAGCUUGAGCUUUUCCAAGACUACAAGUUGAAGUUGCAAGAGAAUGUCGGAAAAAUUAGAGCAAACACUAUUGUUGAAAAAAGCUUAUAUGUAAUUUCAUCAGGAAGCAACGAUGUCGCCAAUACAUACUUUACUGGUCUUUUAAGAAGUACUCAUUAUAGUUUUUCAGACUAUGCUGCUUUGUUGGUUCAGUCCGCAUCUUCUUUUAUUCAGGACUUGCAUCAAUUAGGAGCUAGAAAUAUCGCUAUUUUGAGUCUUCCGCCUUUAGGAUGUCUUCCGUCACAAAGAACUCUUGCUGGAGGAUUAUUAAGAGAUUGCGUUCCUUUGUACAAUCAAGCGGCACAAGAGUAUAAUACUUUAUUAAUCAAAGAGAUAAAGUCACUUUCUAAUAAGUUUUCAGGAUCGAAGAUCAUUUAUGUUGAUAUAUAUAACAAGUUACUCGAUAUAAUUGAACGCCCCAAACAUUAUGGGUUUGAAGUUUCCACAAAUGGAUGUUGUGGGACAGGGAGAUUGGAAUUAGGAAUACUUUGUAAACUAAGUGGGAAGACUUGCAUUGAUGAUACCAAGUAUGUAUUUUGGGACACUUUUCAUCCCACACAAAGAGCAUAUGAGAUUUUGGUAGACCUUGUUGUUAAAGAAGACAUAGCACUCUUAUAUUGAGUGUCAUAUUUAUACAACUAAUACUUGUAUAAGUGUCUAAUUAACACUCUUGUGAUAUUUUGUAUUCUUAUCAAAUUGAGAUUAAUUGUAAUAUUUACUUAUAUUUAUA